AUGUCGAUUUUAUUUCUUCCUUUCAUCACAUCCAUUUUUGUGAUUUUUAUUCCAUAUUAUGUAUAUACAAUAAGUUUAUUACCGUCAAGACUAACAGUAGCAAAAAAUACAAGUAAUACUUCUACUGUACGUAAACAUUUUCCUCAAGCAAUUAUUAUUGGUGUUAAAAAAGCUGGUACUCGUGCUCUAUUAGAAUUUCUUCGUUUGAAUCCUGCAAUCAAAGCACCUGGACCUGAGGUGCAUUUUUUUGAUAAAAAUUUCGAAAAAGGCUUCGAAUGGUAUCGUUUACUUUUUGAGUAUGGCGUAAGAAAUCCUUCUAUUGACAUCAAUUUAGGUCUCUGA